AUGACCACCAACGAAGCUUCCCCUGGUGUUUCAAAUUGCUAUGUGUUCAAAAGCCGAUUGCAGGAGUAUGCACAGAAAUUGAAGCUCCCAACGCCUGUGUAUGAGACUAUCAAAGAAGGCCCUCCUCACAAAUCUUUCUUUCAAUCCACUGUAAUAGUGGAUGGUGUCAGAUAUGAUUCGUUGCCUGGAUUCUUCAAUCGUAAGGCUGCAGAGCAGUCUGCUGCGGAGGUUGCUCUCCAGGAAUUAGCAAAAUCCAGUGACCAAGGCCAAUGUGCUUCACAACCUGUUCACGAAAUGGGGUUAUGCAAGAAUCUUCUUCAAGAGUAUGCUCAAAAGAUGAAUUAUGCGAUUCCGCUGUAUCAGUGCAAAAUGAAAGGAACUCUGGGGAGAACUCCUCAAUACACAUGUACUGUAGAGAUUGGAGGCAUAAAGUACACAGGAGCUGCAGCGAGAACCAAAAGAGAUGCUGAGAUAAGUGCUGGGAGAACCGCUCUUAUAGCGAUCCAGUCAGAAUCUAACAUUGACCUCUUCAACUGUAACACUCAGCUUACUGUAGUUCCUUGCGAGAAGAGGACAUUAGAGGUAGCGCACCCGGUUGAAAAAACCACCAAGGCUCCAAAAGCUAAGAGGGGUAAGUUUAAGAGGAAGGCUCGGAAGGGAAAGCGCAAAGUAGCUACGGGUGUUGAAGGUAUUAUCAACCCUCCUCAACCUAGCGAUCAUUGUCAAAACGAUCAGUCUCCUACCAAGCAUUGUCAAAACGACCAGUCUCCUACCAAGCAUUGUCAAAACGACCAGUCAGAGAAUACUGAGAUAACACAAAAUCUGGAACCUUCUUCGUGCAUGAAUGGGCUUAAGGAGGUAGCAUUUGGGAGUGUGGAGACAGAAGCAAGCCAAGCAUAA